UUGACCUGUCUAGAGACGGGCGAUAGUUUGGUCUGUACGUUCACCUCUAUCCGGAGCAACAACAAGCAGAAAACAUGUCGCUGGAAUUGGUUUCAAGUGCGAAAUGCUUUGAGGGGGAGCAGCGAGUAUAUAAACAUCGUUCGAACACCUUGAAUUGUGACAUGAACUUUGGUGUUUUCUUGCCGGCGGCAGCAAUUGAAGAUAAGACCGCCUGUCCCGUCGUAUUCUUCCUUAGCGGUCUCACUUGCACACACGAGAACUUCAUACAGAAGAGCGGCUUUCAACAGCAUGCUGCCAAGCAUGGACUAAUUGUGGUCAAUCCUGAUACUUCGCCUCGUGGUGUGGAGCUAUCCGGACAGGAUGAUGCUUAUGAUUUUGGCAGCGGAGCUGGCUUCUAUGUCGACGCCAAGCAGGAGCCCUGGUCCAAGCACUAUCAUAUGUAUAGUUACGUCACCCAGGAGCUGGUCGAUAUAGUGAAUGCCAAUUUCCCUGCUGUGCCCGGCAAGCGUGGUAUCUUUGGCCAUAGUAUGGGUGGCCACGGUGCCUUGAUCUGUGCUCUCAAAAAUCCCGGCCUGUAUCAAUCCGUGUCGGCUUUUGCCCCCAUUGCGAAUCCUUCCGAAUGUCCCUGGGGCAAAAAGGCUUUAGCUGGCUACAUUAGCUCCAAUGAGUCAGACUGGGCACAAUGGGAUGCCACCAGAUUGGUCGCCGAAUACGCGAGCACUCCCCAAGAGCUAUUUAUCGACCAAGGACUGGCGGAUAAUUUCCUAACAGCCAAGCAACUGUUGCCAGAGAACCUCUUGGCUGCAGCCGAUUCAAAUGAGCAUGUUCAAACCAUUUAUAAACAACGCGAAGGCUAUGAUCAUGGUUAUUUCUACAUAUCCACCUUUGUGGGUGAGCACAUUGCCUACCAUGCCAAGCUGCUUACAGCCUAAGAGCUUCCGAAAUAGAAGAAUUCUAAUUUCAUAUGUUGUUUAUAUGUUUUUUUAAAAGCUCUGUUAAUCAAUUACGGAAAUAAAAUGCAGGUACAUGAACUCAA